CGGGUCGUAAAGUGUGUGGUGUCUACUAGCCCGGAGCGAAUUAAAAAAAUGGGUGAUGUCGAGAAAGGCAAGAAGAUUUUUGUUCAGAAGUGCGCCCAGUACCACACUGUGGAAAAGGGAGGCAAGCAUAAGACUGGACCAAAUCUCCAUGGACUGUUCGGGCGGAAGACAGGUGAGGCUGCUGGAUUCUUCUACACAGAUGCCAACAAGAACAAAGGCAUCACCUGGGGAGAGGACACCCUGAUGGAGUACUUGGAGAAUCCCAAAAAGUACAUCCCUGGAACAAAGAUGAUCUUCGCUGGAAUUAAGAAGAAGGGAGAGAGGGCAGACCUAAUAGCUUAUCUUAAAAAGGCUACCAUUGAGUAAUUCCACUGCCUUAUUUAUUACAAAACAGUCGUCGCAUGGCUUUU